AUGCAGGGGUUUCACAGCUGUAGUGUUCCCCAGAUCCCCUUUUGCUCUGCAUUAGAGAAGACAUCAUCCUUGGGAACUAUUGCGAAAAGGAAGGAUCUGGGGCUGGGCUUAGGCCAGUCCCCUUGCCUUGCCCUUCCCACGGUUGAUGUUCUGGGCAAGAUGUACAUGUCUGGCCGGAUUGGAGUUUUCAUCUCAGCUCUCAGCAUCAUUGUCAUGUUGGGCUGCCUCUUCCUCCUGAAGACAAUAAUGGCUCUUGGGUCCGAGACAUCCAGGGUGACUGUAGGAGAGCGUGAGUCUGGCGGUGAAUGUCCGGCUGACCCCCUUCCGUGUGAAGAGCUGUGUGAUGGGGACACAUCCUGUCCCCAGGGACAUAAGUGCUGCAGCACCGGCUGUGGCCAUGCCUGCUUCGGAGACAUUAAGGGAGGGUGGGGCGGUGACUGUCCAAAAGUCUUAGUGGGCCUGUGCAUUGUCAACUGCAUGAUCGAUGAGAACUGCCAACCGGGGGAAAAGUGCUGCAAGUCAGGCUGUGGCCGCUUCUGUGUCCCAUCCAGUCCCAUCACCCCAGCGGGCCCCGAACCCCACCUGGACCAUUAG